AUCAUAAAGAGGGUACACAUUAUUUCAGAAUUUAUCGUGUCUGGUGAAUGAGUGCUUCCGGUGAUCAUCCAUUUUUUUCAGUCUUGAUGAGAAACUUUAAGGAAAAAUGGAUAAAGAUUUAUUUACCCCAAAAAAAUCUACUCCUAAUGCAGAUAACUAUAGUUCAAGUACUUCUAAAAAAAUUAGUCUAACUCUUCCUAGAAGCAAAUCCAUGUCAUCUGUCUCCCCUGAUGCAUUUACUACUGCAGAAGUUAAAAACAUGCGGGAGAGAUUGCUAAGAUUAAAUCCACGUAUGACAACAUCAACUUUAAGAAACUUGAACAAAUUUCAAAUAAUGACUCUAAUAUCUCUUGCUCUGGUGGAUUUUAUGAGUUUUUGUUCAAUGUCUAUAAUGGCUCCAUUUUUUCCAAAUGAAGCUUAUAAAAAGGGAAUGUCAGACUCAAUGACCGGAUUUGUUUUUAGUUUUUAUGCUCUAGUCAUGUUUUUAUCGUCUCCAGUCUUUGGAAAAAUUCUGCCAAUAUUUGGAGCGAAAUUUUUAUUCAUACUUGGUAUAUUUGUAGCAGCCAUAUGCAAUAUAUUAUUUGGGUUAUUGGAAUAUAUUGAAACAUAUACCCUUUUUACCACUCUAUGCAUAUUAAUAAGAGGAUUCGAGGCUUUAGGUGCCAGCGCUUUUUCCACUGCUAGUUAUAUCUUUGUGGUUAAUUAUUUUCCAAAUAAUAUCGGAUCAGUGAUAGGUAUAUUGGAGACGUUUGUGGGAUUAGGAAUGAGUAUUGGUCCAGCUAUAGGAGGCAUAUUGUAUUCGCUUGGUGGAUUUAGUGUACCUUUUUAUACUUUGGGAAUUGCAAUGGUUAUUAUAGCGUUUAUAAAUAUGUUACUUAUACCAAAUGUCGAAGACUGUGAUACCGUAACGAACAAGACAACAUCUAUGAUUAACUUGAUACAAAUUCCAGCUGUAGUAAUUACAGGACUCGUUGUUGUCGUCGUCUCCAGUGUUUGGGCAUUUUUAGAUCCUACACUAGAGCCACAUUUGAGAGAUUUCAACUUGAGCCCAGAAAAAAUUGGUUUAAUAUUUCUUCUAUUUUCUGCAUUGUAUGGAGUAUCAAGCCCAGCAUGGGGUUGGAUAGCCGAUAAAGUAAGCCACCAUUGGUUUAUGAUGGUUGCUGGAUUAUUUAUGUGCACAUUAGGACUAUUAUUGCUGGGACCAUCUCCUAUUAUUCCAGGAUUAUCUCCAAACUUGUGGCUGGAUUUAGUUGCUUUAUCAAUUCUGGGAGUCUCCGUGGCUUUAGCUCUAAUGCCCACAUUUUUGGGUAUAUUAACUUCUGCCACAAAUGCAGGUUAUCCAGAUUCUUUAGUAACAUAUAGUGUAGUAGCUGGUAUAUGGUCCUGCAUGUAUUCUUUAGGUGAAGUUAUAGGACCAGCACUCGGUGGUUUUCUUUUGGAAAAAUAUGGUUUCCCAAUUAGUUCAACUGUAAUGGCGAUACUCACCUUCUCUUUGGCAAUCUUAACAAGUGUCUUCUUUAUUAUUAAAACUUCAGUUUGUUCUGAGGACGAGAGCAAUCCAGAUAGUGGUAUCAGUGAAUCCUGGAGAAGUUCUAAUAUUAGUUUCUCUAAUGAACUUACUCCACUUCUGUUAUCACCUCUCUCCUCCAAUUUUCAGCACAAUAAGAAGCAGUAUUAUACACAAAAUGAGCGAAGCUGUGAUUUGGAGCUUUACCCUAAUUUAAUGGAACCAAGGUCUGGAUUGUCUGUAACAUAUACAGGAAAAGGCUCAUCUGAAAUUUGAUAUUUAUGUUGAUUUUUAUAUUUUUAUUCAUAUAAUAUUAAUAACUUUCUACUUGAUCAUAUAUAUUGUUUAAAUAAAUGUUUCAAUACCA